AUGAAAUCUGAAAAAUUGUUGCUUUACAUUACACCCGAGCUAUCUAUGAUCGCAAAUAAAUCAAAAUCAGUAGAUAAUUUUUAUUGCGUUGAAAACUCACGUGUUCCUCAAAAUCAUCAAAUCGAUUAUUUAAAUUGGCCUCAACAGUGUCUUGAAGUUCACGCCAGUCUCAAGCGGAGAGCGAAGAAAGAAAAGGGCUUAAAGUCGGCACAUUUGUUGUAUGUUGGAUAA